AUGAACCCGGCAGGCUUGGCGGCGGCGGGGACGCCCCGGCAGCGUAAGUGGCCCUCAAAGCGGAGGGUUCCUGUGUCCCAGCCAGGCAUGGCUGACCCCCACCAGCUUUUUGAUGACACGAGUUCAGCCCAUAGCCGGGGCUAUGGGGCCCAGCGGGUGCCCGGUGGCCUGGGCUACCCUGCAGCCUCCACUUCGCCCCAGGGAGCCUUCCUGGCUGAUCCUGUAUCCAACAUGGCCAUGGCCUAUGGGAGCAGCCUCGCUGCGCAGGGCAAGGAGCUGGUGAAUAAGAACAUCGACCGCUUCAUUCCCGUCACCAAGCUCAAGUAUUACUUCGCUGUGGACACCAUGUACGUGGGCAAAAAGCUGGGCCUGCUCGUCUUUCCCUACCUGCACCAGGACUGGGAGGUGCAGUACCAGCAGGACACGCCGGUGGCCCCCCGCUUUGACGUCAACGCUCCUGACCUCUACAUUCCAGCCAUGGCUUUCAUCACCUACGUCUUGGUGGCUGGCCUGGCGCUGGGGACCCAGGAUAGGUUCUCUCCAGACCUCCUGGGGCUGCAGGCGAGCUCGGCGUUGGCCUGGCUGACACUGGAGGUGCUGGCUAUCCUGCUCAGCCUCUACCUUGUCACGGUCAACACAGACCUCAGCACUAUCGACCUGGUGGCCUUCCUGGGUUACAAGUAUGUUGGGAUGAUUGGUGGGGUCCUCAUGGGCCUGCUCUUUGGGAAGAUUGGCUACUACCUGGUACUGGGCUGGUGCUGCGUGUCCAUCUUUGUGUUCAUGAUCCGGACGCUGCGGCUGAAGAUCCUGGCGGAGGCGGCGGCCGAGGGCAUCCCGGUGCGUGGGGCGCGGAACCAGCUGCGCAUGUACCUGACCAUGGCCGUGGCGGCGGUGCAGCCCCUGCUCAUGUACUGGCUCACCUUCCACCUGGUGCGGUGA